GUGGUAGUGAUGCGGUGUGCGGCGUGGUGAUAGUGGUGAUGUGUACUAGGAAUACGCCCCCAACAUGGAGUAUGCCAGCUGAGACACCAUAGAUGACGGGAGGCGCUGCGUCACAAGAUGUCGGCGGCCGUGUCCAGUGAGGUGGUUAGGCAGCAGGACUGUAUAGACUCGUCAGGGUGUCGGUUGCGAGGGGUGGUGGUCGACCCCUUCCUCCUCCCUACCCUGUUCUACUACAUCAGCUGACUACAGUAUCUCUCACUUGUUGCAGAUGUCGGCGGCCGUGUCCAGUGAGGUGGUUAGGCAGCAGGACUGUAUAGACUCGUCAGGGUGUCGGUUGCGAGGGGUGGCGGUCGGGAGCGUCACCAGUCUCCACGCCGCCCCCGCUCCCACCCCCGGCAGUCUACAGAGGCCCAACAAGCCGUGCUGCUUCUGCUGGUGCUGCUGCUGCAGCUGUUCUUGCCUGGCUGUUAAGGGAAGCCAAGACAGUGGUUCCAAAGGAAAAGACUCCAAUAACUUAGACUCUCUCAACUGUGAUGGUGAACCUCCACCGACGCUAGAAGAAAUACGCAUGUGGGGAAAGUCCUUUGACAAGCUGAUGCGGAGUUCAGCGGGCAGGAAAGUAUUCAGAGAUUUCCUGCGGUGUGAGUACAGCGAGGAGAACAUACUCUUUUGGCUCGCCUGUGAGGAGCUGAAAAGGGAGGCAAAUCCCGACGUUGUUGAGGAGAAAGCCAGGUUUAUUUAUGAAGACUACAUUUCCAUACUCUCUCCAAAGGAGGUGAGCUUGGACUCCCGAGUGAGGGAGAUCGUCAACAAAAACAUGGUCGCCCCGACCCCGCACACGUUCGACGAGGCUCAGCUGCAAAUCUACACGUUGAUGCACCGAGACUCCUACCCGCGCUUCAUCAACUCGUCGCAAUUCAAGCAGCUUGCCCAGCUCAACAACAACGGCGACGACGACGCGAGCGUGGCCUGCGGGAGCGGCACGGGGAGCCCCACGCUGGGCGCCAAGCAGAGCAAUGCGUAACACACUGACCCACAAACUGGGUCGCUAGAAUCGGCAGAUCGGUAGAGAAGCAAAUUGUUGACAAAAUUUACCUUUGGGUGAGGAAAUCAGACGAUUUUCUUAGGAAGUAAUCUUCAGAAUAAAUUGUGUAUACACUGUAUUACGAUACAGACUCUGUAUUGUACGAAAUUUGAUUCUGGAUUACAGAAAAAAGAUUGUGAUUAAUUUCCAAAAGGUAUAAUUCAAAAGAGUUACUGCUUAUAUAUAGAACGUAAUAGUUU